AUGGUGUGGAGAGAGGAUAUUCAGUACAAUACCUCAAAUGGUCGGCCAGUUUCUGCCAAGUGGACGCGGAAAGAUAAUGGUUCGACUGAUUUAGGCAUGAUCUAUUUUGAAUAUCUGGUCGAUGCAUCUAGACGGGCUGGGUUGACUGGAGCCAAGACGUACGGCCCUGGAGUGGGAGAUGCAUUCGCUGAGGCACUUGAGGGUACGCGAACCCUUGAACUCGAAACUGACUUGACUAACGAGCAUAGAUGGAAGUGGCUGGGCAUGGUAUUCCCUCUGCACGACGGAACAUGGUCCGUAGGGAUCGCUAUCAGGCAAAACCGGGUCGGGGCCAAGAAAAAGGCAUGUGAGUCCACCUCGACGCUAGACUUCUACCUCAAAAUGCUUAAGAAAACACCGGUCCUCGCCGACCUUCUCGGCGGUGGGCAACUGCAAUCCAACAACCUGCGAACUACAUCAGAUUGGUCCUAUAGUGCAUAUCUAUACGCGGGGUGCUUUGUCGACCCGCUAUUCUCCUCCGGCGUUCACCUCGUCAUGAACGGCGGGCUUUCUGCGGCGCUGACUAUCUGCGCGUCAAUCAGGGGCCAUUGUACUGAAGACGAUGCCAUCGAAUGGCACACCCAGAAGAUCACGGGCUGGUAUACGCGGUUUCUCAUGAUUGUCAAGAGCUCGCUGGAUCAAGUCCAUGGAUGCGACGAGUACAUUCUGAAUGAUAUGGAGGAACCUGCGGGAUUUGAUAUUGCUUUCAAAUAUGUCAAACCGAGCAGACACACGCGGACACGCCGGCUCGGGCUUUCACUUAACGAGCAUGACGGUGCAAAUAAUGGCGAUGAUAUCUUGCUGAAGGUUGCGCGACUCAACCGAGUGGUCUCUUUCAGCGAAGACUUUACGACGGAUGUUAUUGAUGGGAUGGCACCGAAUAUGUGCCGUGGUGCGCUUGGGCUUGUCCCAAUUGCUGUCGGUAUUUGCCUUAGAAGAAUCCUUGAGAUCGCAAUUCUUUGCGAGUAG